CAAAAAAAAAAAAAAAAAAAUUCUCGAAGGAAGAUGUUUUAAGACGACGAGAGAGAGAGAGAAUGAGAUGGGUCCAUGACACCUCACUGUUAAAGUCUUUUUAAUUGUCGUCGCACGACAAAACUAAAACAACAACACACAUUGUUCACAUCAGCAACUUCCAGUCGUCUUCUUAUUCUCUUUCAAUCAUUCCCUCUUUUUUUUACCCUCAUACACACACAGAAGGGUAUCAUUAAUGGAGGUCUCAUCAACGUCAUCCCCGUGUUCAAAACCUGAACAAAUCAUGCCAAACUUCCCUCCCCUAAUCUCAUCUCCUAAGUUUCAGCAUCAGAUGACAAGAUCUCCUCAUCAUGAUCAGCAUCAACAUCUCUCAAAUCCUUACCCAACAACAUUUGUCCAAGCAGACACUUCCACUUUCAAACAAGUUGUUCAGAUGCUUACGGGCUCCUCUUCCACCGAUACCAACACCGAGAAACACCACGAAGCUCCUUCUCCUUCUCCGGUGAACAACAGCAAAGGAGGUUUCUCAAUCCCACCCAUCAAGAAAACCAACAGCUUCAAGCUCUACGAAAGAAGACAAAACAAUAAUAACAACAUGUUUGCUAAGAAUGAUCUAAUGAUCAAUACUUUAAGGCUUCAGAAUUCUCAGAGGUUGAUGUUCUCAAGCGGAAACAAUGUUCAUCAAAGCCCAAGAUUCUCUCCGAGGGAUAACUCAUCAGAGAAUGUUCUUCUGUCUCCAAGCAUGCUAGAUUUCCCGAAGCUAGGGUUAAACAGUCCCGUUACGCCACUGAGAAGCAACAAUGACCCCUUCAACAAGUCAUCUCCUCUGUCUUUAGGCAGCUCAUCUGAAGAAGACAAAGCCAUUGCCGAAAAAGGAUACUAUCUUCAUCCUUCUCCAGUUUCAACUCCUAGAGACUUUCAGCCACUGCUUCUUCCUCUUUUUCCGGUUACUUCUCCGAGGAAUCUAUAAAUCCUGACGAGUGUUCACAUUCUAUAUAUGAUAUUAAGUUAAAUAUAUUCUUGGACUUUGCUUUUAACUAUAACUAAGAUAUAUAACUUCUUAGUAAUGGAGCAACUGUAAUGUUAAUGCGGUUUAUAUAUUCAAUAAUUCGUUGCAAUUUAGCUAAUUGGACGGUAGAUAUAUUGCAUGAACCAUGAUACUGAUUUAAGACAUUAUUUUUUUAAUGAAAAGAUCGUUUAUACUUGUCCU